AUGUGCACUGAGAGGUGUGCCAAGUGCCUGGGCAGCACCCUCAUUCCCCUCGCUGUGUCUGGCUUCCUGGCUCACCUCCUGCUGUUUUUCCCUGGAGGAAAAGUGAUAGACAACAAUGACCACCUUUCUGACGAGGUCUGGUAUUUUGGAGGAAUAUUAGGAAGCGGGGUCUUGAUGAUCUUCCCUGCGCUGGUGUUCUUGGGCCUGGAGAACAAUGACUGCUGCAUGUGCUGUGGCAACGAGAGCUGUGGGAAACGCUUUGCGAUGUUCACCUCCACAAUAUUUGCUGUGGUUGGAGUCUUGGGUGCCGGAUACUCAUUUAUCAUCUCAGCUGUCUCAAUCAACAAGGGUCCAAAAUGCCUCAUGGUCAAUAAUAGCACGUGGGGCUACCCCUUCCUGGACGGAGAUUACCUCAGGGACAGGGACUUAUGGAGCCAGUGCGAAAAGCCUGACAACGUGAUUCCCUGGCAUCUGACCCUCUUCUCCAUCCUGCUGAUCAUAGGGGCGGUUCAGAUACUUAUCUGUGCCAUCCAGGUGAUCAACGGGCUCCUGGGGACCCUGUGUGGAGACUAUCAGUGCUGUGGCUGCUGUCGGGGAGAUGGACCAGUCUAA